CGUCAAUUCGAGGCACAUUUUUAAGUCCAAAUUUUGUUUCAUUCUUCCUCCAAUAAUUCUUUCGCUCAUAACUCCCUUCCUUACCUUGCUUCAAUGGCUACAAAUUCAACAGAAAUUCUCCACGAUUUUCAUCCAAUGGUCCGAGUAUACAAAGAUGGAAAAGUCGAAAGAUUUGUAGGACUAGAUAUUGUUCCUGCAUCAGUAGAUUCAGAAACUGGGGUUCAGUCCAAAGACGUCGUGAUUUCACCGGAACAUGAUGUAUCUGCUAGGCUUUACCUCCCGGGAAACAUCGAUCCCGGCCAGAAACUUCCACUUCUUGUCUAUUUUCACGGUGGUGGCUUUGUGGCGGAAUCACCCUCCUCUUCUACGUACCAAAACCACCUGAAUUCACUCGUCGCCGAAGCCAAUGUUGUCGCAGUUUCUGUGGGCUAUCGAUUAGCCCCCGAGCACCCUGUUCCGAUUGCUUAUGAAGAUUCUUGGCUUGCACUGAAGUGGGUGGCGUCUCAGUCCACGGGUGAAGGACAUGAGCAAUGGGUUCAAGAAAAUGCUGAUUUUAAUCAUGUCUACUUUGGUGGAGACAGUGCUGGAGCCAACAUAGCACACAACAUGGCCAUAAGAUUUGGUCAAGAGAAGUUGCCUGGGAUCAAUCUAGAUGGAAUUUUUCUCAACUGUCCAUAUUUUUGGGGUAAAGAUCCAAUUGGGAAGGAAGGGACAUCCUUAGUAUUUAAGAAGAGUUAUGUGGAUGAUUUAUGGGCUUUUUCUUUUCCAAAGGCUACAGGUUUAGAUGACCCUUCGAUAAAUCCUUCCAUGGAUUUGAAUCUUUCAAAACUGGGGUGCAAAAAAGUGCUUAUUUAUGUUGCAGAAGAAGAUAUUCUUAAAGAACGCGGUUAUCACUACAAGGAAGCAUUGACAAAAUGUGGGUGGGAUGGAGAGGUAGAUAUUGUGGAUGUAAAAGGGGAGAACCAUGUAUUCAGUGUGCUUUUCCCUAACAGUGAAAAUGGGAAGGCUAUGCUGAAAAGAGUGGCUUCUUUCAUUAAUCAGUAGUCGUAAUAUCAAGAGAAGGAAAAAAGAGUUAAAACUCUCGUAUGUUGUACUGUCAAGUCGUGUCUUAUAUUGUGUAUGUGUUAUUUGCGACAAGUUGCUUCAUAUGUUGUGUAUGUCUUAUUUGCGGAGCAGUAGCUCGAGUUGCUUGUAUGGGCUGCUAGUUUAGUAGCUUGUAAUAAUUUGGUGUUGAACGGAAAUUUUAAAUGAAAUUGUUAAAGAGUAAUUCUUGAAUCCA